GCGUGCUCCCACAGGUCAUUGGCUCUCGGGGUCACGUGGCGGACUUGGGCUUCGGGCCGAUGGACACCCUGCUGUUGGGCCGCUGGCGACGGCGGAAGCCGGAGGAGCUGCAGCUUCCGGGGGACGCGAAGCGAGCGUGCAGGCGGCCGGACGGGGCCACCCCCCCAUGGGACUGUCCGCAGGUGACCUGGAGCCCCGAGGAGAAGCACGGCCACCCGGCCCCGAGACCGGAGAGUAACGGGGGCCUGGCUCGCUCGGGGGCCCUCGGGAGCGGCGGAGGGAGCCCGGCCCAGCCCUGCCCCCGAUGCCUGGCUGGUGAAUCUGGACACUUCAGCCACGCGGAGACCCGGUAGAAGGUGCCGUGGGGAGAGGAGCCGCCGGCGAGGGCAGUCCGGGGACUGCAGUGUCCGCCUCCCGGGGGUGCGGUCCUGACUGUUUGGCCACCUCAGGCCUCCCCCUCUCCUGCCUCACGCCCCCUCGCUCUGUGUGUGGGGAGCACUCGCCCUUUUUAAUAAAAAGACCUAUUUUUGUAUGUAAGGUGGCGUCA